AGCUAAGGGUUGCUUGCACAGCUGCCAUGAAUUACAUCAAUCUGCCCACCGUACUGCCCGUCUCCCCCAGCAAGACCCGGGGGCAGAUCCAGGUGAUCCUCGGGCCCAUGUUCUCAGGAAAAAGCACGGAGCUGAUGAGACGCGUCCGGCGCUUCCAGAUUGCCCAGAAUAAAUGCCUGGUCAUCAAGUAUGCCAAAGACACCCGCUACAGCAGCAGCUUCUGUACGCAUGACCGGAACACCAUGGACGCACUGCCGGCCUGCCUGCUCCGGGAUGUGGCCCAGGAGGCCCUGGGUGUGGCUGUCAUUGGCAUUGACGAAGGGCAGUUUUUCCCUGACAUCGUGGAAUUCUGUGAACUGAUGGCCAAUGCAGGCAAGACAGUGAUUGUGGCAGCACUAGAUGGAACCUUCCAGAGAAAGGCUUUCGGCAGCAUCUUGAACCUAGUGCCCCUGGCCGAGAGCGUGGUGAAGCUGACUGCCGUGUGUAUGGAGUGCUUCCGGGAAGCUGCCUACACCAAGAGGCUGGGCACGGAGAAGGAGGUGGAGGUGAUAGGCGGCGCAGACAAGUACCACUCCGUGUGCCGCCUGUGCUACUUUAAGAAGUCCCCUGUGAAGCCGGCCCCCGGACCAGACAACAAAGAGAACUUCCCGGUGCUGGGACAGCCCGGAGAGGCCUCAGCUGUCAGGAAGCUCUUUGCCCCUCACCAAGUCCUACAGCACAGCUCUGCCAACUGAGAGGACCUGGGGCUGGAACUGCCUCACAAUAGACACUGCUCUGGACAGGCUCAGCUGCUUGUCGCUUCCUCUGGGUUGCUGAGGUUCUUCAGCUCAGCGGGGAGCAGGGUCCUUAGGGCUUGACAUUCAGCCAGAGGUGAAGACAGAGCCACAUGGUUGUUGUGACAUUGGUGGUGCUGGCUUCUUCCUCCUUGGUGGCUUUCACUGCUGAGUUUCAGUCUCUCGGAGCCCCGUCCCUUACCAAGGCUCCAGCCCUCCCUUUGUGCUAAGGCCUGGCCUGCGCUCUCCCACAAUGGCCCCCAGAGCCAGUAUACAGUGGCGUUGGUCUUGCCCUGCUCAGAGCCCCAGCCCUGUGACUCAGGGCUCUUAGAGCUGUGCUUCUUAUGCUAUAGUGUAAAAUAAUUAAUAUUAAAGUUUGCUACUUGAGAGCUUAUUUCUCUUUAACCUGGGUUUCCCCGAAUCUUGCAGUCAGAGCCCGUAUGACUUGGGGGCAGGGAUUUCUUCUGCGUGGUUGGUUUCAGUACAGACAUGGAAAAGGAACCAGGGAAAGCCCAGGGGAUGGUGUUUGUUGCUGGCUCUGGGGGGUCAGGUUUUGUGAACAGGCGCUGUAAUCUGGGCUGAGAAAAAUCACACGCCUUGUAAAGUGGGCUGUGGUAACUCCCUUGAAGGCCAAAGACCUGGGUCUAAGACGCGAACGUGUGUCCCUUCCCUAGUGCUGUGCCCAGCUUCAGACCAUGCUCUAGAGGGAAGGCCUACAGCUCAGAGCCUGGCAUAACACCCUGUUAGUUUAUGCUUCAGAUUUUGAAAGACACCAUCAGAACCCACUACUGAUGGCCUCAUCAUUGCACAAAAGCCAAGAGUUGCCUCAGGGGCACGCUGCUUCCUGAUAGAGAUGGGUCCGCUCUGUGACACGUCCCAGGAACUUAUCAAGACCCAACCUCCUGCACUGUGCCCUUCACUUCUGAUGGGAAACAUCUGCUCUUGAGGGGCAAUCAGGAGCCCCGCCCUGGGCACCCUCCUGGAGGGGGCAGCAGAACCCGGACAAGCUAUCUAGAAGAACCAGUCUAUACGCUGACACUGGCUAUUUUAGGGUGCAGUAGAAGGCAGUGUGAAGAAUGAGACCCCAUCAGAAGAAGCUGCCACCCCAUGCUCAGAGCACACGUCCUGUCUGGACGUGACGGUUUACAGCUUAUUCCCAACACUCAGGAGGCAGAGGCAGGUGGAUCUGAGUCCCAGGACAGACAGCCAGAUCUACACAGUGAGACCCUGGUCUAGCCAAGCAUGGCCGGUGCUUCAGAGUAGGGUAAAUUUUGAGGCCAGCCUGGACUAUGCAGAUACUAUGAAAAGCUGGAGUGUAGCUCAGUUGCUGAGCAUGAAGUCCAGGGUUUGAAACCAAGUGCUGGGGGGAAGGUCAGAGCUUUAUCCUUGGCUACAUAAAU